AACUACAGCUAUAGAGUACAGACUAAUAAGACUCAUUGUUUCGUCUCUACAACAGCUAGUGACCAUAACAAAAUGGAUUUUGAAAGCAAGUUUCUGGUGGAAUAUGCAAUUUUGAAAUUGGAUGAGCUUACCUCGCUGAACAAUAACCGUAAAUCAGUCGAUAAAAAAAUCACUGAGAAGGUGGUCACCGAGGAUGAGUUGGUGUCGCAGUUUAAAGAAGAGUUGUGUUUGCUUCAUACUUGUAAACUUAAAAUCCAUGACUUGAUGGAAUCUCUUGAUGUUAUCGAAACUCAUAUACUCGACCUUUUGUGCAAUCGCAUUAUAAAUUUGUGUCGCCAUAUGCAUGAACUGUUUUCCAUUCCAAAAGAGGUGUUAUCUGUUUGUAUCAAUGCUUGUCGAGAUAAUGUAAUUUAUAUAAAGGCAGAGCUACUAAAUUUUUUGGUGAAAGCUGUUAUGCGUAUUGGAGAUAAUGAACAUACUAUUUGGAUACAAUUAUUAGAGCUUUAUUUGGAAAUAGGCGACGGACCUGAGGUGGUUAAUGUUUUUCAAGAAGGUGUUCGUUCAUUGAAGGCGAAUUCACUACCUUUAUUUAAGACGUUGAUUAAACAUUGGAGAAAUAAACGUCCAGAUAUGAUUUUAAGUACACUUACAAAAUACUCAAGUUUACCAUACGAAAAUGUUUCUUCGAAAAUAAGACCUAAAUGUUUAAAAUGGUGUUUGAAGAUUGAUGGCAUAGAUAGUACUCGAAAAUUAUUCAAUGAGCUAAAAGACUUACAGCCACCAUGUUGUAAAUUGUAUUUAAAAAUGAUAAACAUUGAAAGUGAGAGGCCGGAUUUUGAAUUAGAUACUGUAAGAAAAAUGUUUGAUGAUGCAUGCACUUUGUUUGGCAGAAAUAACAUUGGAGUUUGGAUUGAUUAUUGUCGUUUUGAAUUUACUAAAGGCUCCAUGGUUCAUAAAAGAAAAAUUUGUAAUAAAGCAGUAUUUACAUUGGAAUAUGAUUUAAAGGAUACUUUUGUGGAUGAGUAUUAUGCUAUGCAACGUGAAAUUAGGAUGCAACGUUUAUUAAGGCAUGAUUUUAUAAUCAUUGAUGGAGAUGCAGAUACAUAAUAUUAUGUAUAUAUAUAUAUAAAAAAAAAUAUUUUUUCUAAAAUAAUUUUUUUGUCAUUUUUCAUUCCUCCAUACCGUAUUUAUUAUUGCUAAAUUAAUACUUACUGUAAAUGGCUUAUUUAAUAAUUUGUAUACAUUUGAGUAGAAUUUAGUUAUUUUUCUGAAGAAAGUUAAUGAUAUC